GGGCACGGCGCGCCCUGGGCCGGCUCCUGCGCCCAGCGCACCGCACGGGCAGCGCCGCAAUCCUACCGCCCUUCCAAAACAAGCACUAAAUGCUGUUUAGCUCCUUCCAACAUAAGCAGAUAACUGCUGUUUAGCUCCUAAAAUGCUGGUGGCUAAAAAGUAAUGAGAAAAACUAUCUGCGUGCUCUGAGAACUGUCUGCGUGCUUAGCGAACACGCUUUUCCUCGGAGUCGCAUGAAUACAUUAUUUCCCUUGGGACUGCACACCACUGUUUGCAAUUCCAUUGCCCCUAGAAACCUGAAUGCAUUGGGACUAUCCCAUCUCAAGGACAGAUGAUAGGAGGGAGAUUUUCCAGUCCUUGGAAUGUAGAAAGCAGAUGUGAAGGUAUUUCUGUGAGCUGCUGGAGUGCCGUUCACCUUCUGUAGAAAAUCAGUGGUAAGGCCAUUUCUUCCACGGUCUCCAAAGAGAACCCCUAAAGUGAUGUGCUGGAAGCACCAGUGCUAGCAAAGCUCUUUCCCUUUCAUGCUAUUUCAUUGCCUUUUCACUUUUAUUGAAAUUGAAUUGCACUGAGAAUAAGGAGUCUGUACACAUGGAUGAGCUAACAUUUUCUGAGCAGUAUUUUAGGGUCCCUCGUUUCUUUGAAAUUGCUUGGUGCUUUUUGGGUGCAAGAGUGAGCAGCAAAGUGGGUAAAUCACUGGCAGCUGACUCAUGCACAGCCCAGCUGUACAGACUGCUUCAGCAGAAGCCCUGCCAGGGCAGAGUGGAGGCUGGACUGAGGGAGGAUCCUGCCUUCAGUGGAUGUUUCAAAUAUGUUUUAUGCAUUUCCAGCUUAAGAAAGCAUGAAAAAGGCUUGACUUGGCAAGACAGACAAUUUUAGUUGGAGUGGAGCCCAAAGUCCAGGUGAUUCUUGUGAUCCCAUUUAUUUUUUGGGAUGUGCCAUAGCUGAGAUGCUCUCCCUGUCUGGCUGUGGGUGGCAGCUCCUCUGUGAAGGCAGGCCAGCCCCUCUUGGUGUCUGGGGAUGGGGGGCAAUAGGCCAGAGCUCUGGCCUGUCCCAGCUCUUGCCCAUUUCCACACCCGGAUUUCUGUGGUUGGUGAACCACACACAAAAGCCAGAGCCAGUCACUGUCACAAAUAGAGUCCAGUGAGAAAGCAACAGCAAAACCAGAUAACUGUUGCUGUGUGAAAUAGGAAUGUCUUUGCACUGUUCUCCUGGGUUGCUGUGUGCUUUGCCAACCAGCCUUCUCUUCAGCUAACUUUCCUAAAAUGUGGUUUUCUUCAUGAAAAUAUUCCAAUAUUUCCACUGCCUUUAGCCAGCAGGGUUUUCUUUGGUGAAGGUAGUAAGGGAAAGCUAGCAAGCAUUAGCCAAACCCUCAUCUGACUUCUUACUAGACCAUAAAGUGACUCCAUAUAGUCACUGAUUUUACUUUUGGUAUGGCUCCAGCUAAGCCUGUGAUGGCUCUGCUGGUUUUUGCACCAGAGCCUGUGAAAAGGCACAGCCUCAGUGAAGAAAAUUCACCAACCUGACAAAAGAAAGAGGGCAGGGGCUGUAGUUUACAGCUCCUGCAGUGCAGACAGGGCCAUGGGUGGCAUGAGGGGGAAUAGCUGCAGCACUGUUUCUUUUUGAAAAAGGUAGAGAUUAGGUGGUUUAAACCAGGUGAAGACAAAUAAAUGUGAGAAAGUGGAAGAGCAGAAUACAGCUAUCUGUGAGGAUCUGGGAUGAAGACUGGAGGAAGCAGUCAGCCACCAGAUGGGGAAGAGCACACAAAAGCCAUGGCCAAGCCCUUCAGGCUCCUGCUCAGCAUUUCAGUGCUGGCUGACACCGCUGCUCCUCUCACAUCCCAGCACCCAGGCUGCUGGGGGAGGGAGCCCUGGCCUUCACAAACAUACUCUCCAAGGUGGGCAAUCCCAAGUCUCAUAAAGCAUGAAGGUGAUGUGUGUUGACAUGGAGUUUGGGACAGCAACUUCUGAUCUUUCCUAAUACUGUGAUGUUAGGAAGGAUGUUAGUGUGCCCUCCUCCCACAUGUGCCUUCCCACUGUGACAAACAGGGUUCCUGAGUUCAGCUCUAUUCCAUGGUUCAGCUUCCCACAUCAGUGUCACCACCAUCCAUUUGUGUGCAUACUGGAGUCUGAAUUGUGGGGCUUGAUUAUCAUGAUGUGGUUGUGUACCAGAGAAGCAGUGACAGAAGAAAAGUGGCAUUAACCUCUGCUCUCUAUGAAAUAUAAAAUUUUCUUUAAAAAUAAAAAAAUAAGAAGGAAAAAUAAUACUGAAAAUGUAUUAGCACAGUUACACAACUAAUGGUGGGUUAGGAGAAAGUAACUAUUAACAUGUGACUUUGUUUUUUGUUUCUGUAUUGAAAUCUUUUGACUCUUCUGAGGUUUUCUAACAGAUAUUAAUUCUUGGACUAAGUCAAUUUUUAAUUCUUGGAUUUAUGUAUCUUUUCAUUAAGAAAAGGCCUACUAUUUUACAGCAAAUUCUGCUGGCACUGCUUAUCUUUGAAAAUUCAUUAUGUUUUUUUCUUCUGUGGGAACAUUUUCUCAGAGAUGCAGAAAUAGCCCAUUGUGGCACAGCAGGGGGUUUGUGUUUUGUUGUUAUUCAUUUGUGUUUGACUUGGUCAGCCUUGGAGUUAAGGGCUGGAAGCAGCAAGAUCUGUUCUGUCUUCCAGUACAAUGGCAUGUGCUUACAAGGCCCCAGUGGCGUUCCUGGACGGGAUGGAAACCCAGGAGCCAACGGGAUCCCUGGGACACCUGGGAUCCCAGGACGGGAUGGGCUGAAAGGGGAGAAGGGCGAGUGCAUGCGUGAGAGCAUCGAGGAGUCCUGGACACCCAACUUCAAGCAGUGUUCGUGGAGCGCGCUUAAUUACGGCAUCGACCUUGGGAAGAUCGCGGAAUGCACGUUCACCAAGAUGCGCUCCAACAGCGCUCUCCGCGUGCUCUUCAGCGGCUCCCUUCGCCUCAAGUGCAGGAACGCCUGCUGCCAGCGCUGGUACUUCACCUUCAAUGGGGCAGAGUGUGCUGGGCCACUGCCUAUUGAAGCCAUCAUAUACUUGGAUCAAGGAAGCCCAGAGUUGAAUUCUACUAUUAACAUACACAGAACUUCCUCAGUGGAAGGUCUGUGUGAAGGGAUCAAUGCUGGCUUGGUGGAUAUUGCCAUCUGGGUUGGGACGUGCUCAGAUUAUCCACGGGGAGAUGCUUCUACUGGAUGGAAUUCAGUCUCCCGAAUCAUCAUUGAAGAACUGCCAAAAUAACUUUCUUGCCUUUUAUAUAAUACCCUUUUUAUUUUUUUUUUUAGAUUUUGUACUAUUUUUUUCCCAGAGUUUAUUUCAGUAGAGCUGGAUGCAAGUACUGGACUGAAAGGCACCAAAGCCUUGCAUCUGUAACCUUUGUCUUGUUUUGCACAUAGCAGAGGCUUUUUAUAAUAAUCAUUUUAGACUACAAAUAUCAAAACCAAGUUCACUAACGUUUUAAAUUUCUUCUUUGAUAUAAUACCACCACUGUUUUUAGAAUUAACCAUAACUUUUUGUAUCAAAUAAAUAAGACCUUUUACAAAAAAAAAAAAUCCAUGUUAUUUUAUUGAACAUUAAUCUGUUUAAGGUAUUUUACAUGGCAUUAUGAUACAUGAUUCUUUUAGAUGGCUUUAUGAAGUUCUAAGAAAGUAAAAUCAGGUGUUAGCUUUAGCCUUCAGAAAACAGACAUAAAAUUCACACCUGUAAACCUGACUGCAGAAUAGGAUACUCCACUGUUACAGCCUUGUUUUUCAACAAACUCCUGGCGACUUAACUGUGAUCUGGACAAUGUGGUAAGUGUUAAAUACCUCAUGAUGAAUAACUGAGCAAAACCAGACUAUCUAAGCUCUCCUUUCCUCUCUUCCUUCUUGAUAGACUGGAUUUCAGUGUAACAUCUAUCACUGGUCUCCACCACUAAGAUGGAGACACUAAAUAAUUUUACAGUUACACUUGAUUUCAUUGCUCCAAAAAUUCUCCUGGAUUUAGCCUUUCAGCUGUAUAGAAUCACUUUGGUGUUGGUUUAAAGCUAGAUAUAUUGAACAGUUUAGAAGAAAUAAGGCAAGCUGAAAUGCCUAGGCUUUCAAAAAGAGAACUGGUAAAGUGAAACAAUGAUGCUACAGCUGUUUGACAAGUUACAACACCGAUCAUGCCAACAAACCACAAGCUUCAGUGUUUCUAAGUAUUUUCUUCCAAAGGCUGCAAGUGACAUACUCAAAUAUUUUUAAAAAUUGUACACAUUCUAAAGAGAAACAACAGUCAUGUUUGUUUUACAAAAUCAAUUUUACAUUAAAGAAAUAAAAAAAAACCCCAUGAAAAGCAUGUACAACAUGCAAAAAUCUCCACUCUCCUGAGAAAUUAGAAGGAAAAAACCCCUUAAAUCUGAGAUAAUGAAUUUGUUUCAGCUAUUUAAGAUUAAACCUCAUCUUUUCUGAACAGGCUGUAAGAUUUCCCCCAGGCAUCUCUCAGAUGGGUAGCUCUUGCCUGUAGCUGUUGUUGCAGGUACCAGGGGAGGAUAUCUGCAGUGAGGGGAGCACUUGGGCUUGCCCAGCUGCAAGAUGGUGCACGAGAUUUACUGCAAGCCAGCAAGUUACACAGCUGGUAUUCUGUCUCUGAAGAACUGUAAUGUUUUCACUGGCUUGGAUAUGGUUUUAAGGUAUCUGAACACAAACAGGUUACUAUGAGCUGAGCUGUGGUGUGAGCUUACAGAAGCUCAGUUAACUUACAGUGAGGGAUUGUGCGCGCGCUCGCUGCCCGUCUUUGAAUUUAUCCUGAAGCACGAGUGAGCAGUCCUGGGCACACAGCACACUGAGCCAGGGCAGUACAUGCAGAGCUUCUUCUCUUCUCAUGUUUUCAUAGUCUUCACAAUGUAUUUUGGACCCUGGGUGGUAGGGUUAACUCAGUGUUCCAUUAAAUUCAUUCAGUGUACCAUGAAACACACAAACCCUGGUAAGCACCCUCCAAAGGCAGAAGUUAUGGAUCUACAUAAUUUACAUGGUAAACUUCCAGUAAAUUUAUCUUCAGCUAAAUACACAUGGAAGCUUGUGUAAUAAAAACCAAAGCAGCCAUACUGGCCCAGAUGAGAUUAUUCCUUCUGAUGAGAUUAUCAAUCGUAUCAGUAGAGGGGAUGGGAUUGUGGAAGAGAAAGUGUAAAUUAUUAAUGAAGUUAGUAAUACACGAAAUGUGGUAUGUGGCAAUAGUAUCUACAAAAACAAGCAAAUGGAUUACUGAACAAAGAUUCAAAAUACUGAGUAGUUUCUGUAGCUUCAGAGAUUUUAACUUAAAAUUUAAACCAAGUCCCUAAUCUGUUAAAUUUUUAUUAAAAAAUGUUCCUUCUCCUUUAGGUUAGACUGGUAAAUAGGAAACUUCUCUAAGUGAUGGUUCUGCUCCCUAUGUAACUGAUGAUUUCCCUCUAACUGCCGGAUAUAGCCUUUGCUAACUUAUUUCCUAGUUAAAUGAUACUUACUAGAUACUUAAUAUCUUACCCCAAACCACCAAACCCAGAACUCUAAAAAGUACAUAUCCUUGAUGGCAAUUAUUGGUGUGGAAAAAAACCAUAAUUAUUAUACAAAUUUACUGAGAUGUACUAUAAUUUAAUUUAUCAGUAAGUUAGCAAUCAAUAUAUUAACAAUCUUUUCCUUAAACCAAAUCAGAAGACAUUAAUAGAUUGUUCUGGUUUUCUUGAAAAAAAGUCCCAUGCACAGGAUUUUUCUAGACUAGAAACCCUUUUUUCCAGCGAGUAUUAUUGAAAGUAAGCGUGGUCUUAUUUGUUAUUACACCACUUUGAACACUGCAUCACUAUGAGAUUACAAGGAAAAGUAUCCUCAUUUAUAAAAUGCAAGCCCACUUUCAAAUAUGCAUUUACUUAGUAAUAUUUGGUCAGAUGUAUCAUUAAUGUAGAUAGACUGGCACAGAGAGAGAUGGAGAGAGAAUGAAAGAGAGAAAAUGAAUUAAGUAGCCAGCAAUACAUGCAGUUUUAGCACAUAGGUCUGCUGCUAAAA